AUGGCGCUGGGCACGUUGGUGGGGCUGGCAGUGGCCAAGACGAAGAUCCAACUCGAGAGCAGGCGCCGAGACGCCAAGAACAAAGACGCCAGACGCCAUACAGAGGUGGAGAUGGCCGUCAGCAGCGGUGUGAGGGAGCAGGACGCACCGCUGGAGCCGCUGGAAGGAGUUCCAGGCUUGGAGGACGUGGCGGAGAGGAACUCCAGGCAGGCGGAGCAGGACAGGAGAAGGGAUGAGGCGAGCGACAAGGCAGCUGGAUCUACACCGCUGCUCGCCUUGGGCUGGAGUGCGGCCUGGUUCACGCUGCAGACGUCCAAGGAUAUUGCGGUGGGGCUCUACCACGGAGGCGACUACGUGCGAGGCAUUCUGCAUCCGCCUGAAGACACCAAGAAGAAGGACCAAUAG